AUGGAUGGAGAAAAUGAGAUGUGGGACGAGCUCAACAUCGAGUACGAAAAUGCCUAUCAAGACAAUCCCUUUAAAAAGGCCUGCGUAGCCAAAGCCAUUACGCUGCUGCAACCUGGAGCUCGAGUGCUUGAUGUCGGCUGCGGUACUGGAAUCCCAGUGGCAAAGAUGUUGGCGGAGGCUGGGCUCGAUGUUGAGGGGACCGACGUGGCGCCGAAUAUGGUCAGCCUUGCUCAGAGGAGAAUCAAAGGCACAUUCCGCGUUGUAGACAUGGUCGACUACAAACCUACAGGCACAUACGCUGGCGUCUUUGUCAUAUAUUCUCAGCUGGGUCUGUCCUACUCCGCCUUCAACACCACAGCCACCAGACUAGCACGAGCCCUGGACCCCGGCGGGAUUAUGGUCAUUGGGCAAUCGCCAGCCGACCCCGAGAAAGUCCCAGCGGACGCACCAGAAUGGGACGAUACCAAAUCUUAUGUAUCAGGGUUCAACCUUCCGUUCAUGGGCGAGCCUUUCGCGACGUUGAUGUUCACGCGUGAAGGACAGAAGAGUUACCUGCGGUCGCUCGGUCUUGAGAUUGUGUAUGAGACUGUCGAUGUCUUUCAACCUCAGAGUGCAAAGGCCCACGCGGAGACUCAACAAUAUGUUAUAGCCCAACGUCCUCUGUAG